AUGGGUGGUCGAAUCAGUUUAGACACGAACAUCAAAGAAAAUCCUUCGCUGCAGAGGUUCAGCGGGCAAGAGUCGAUUUCAGACAACGAUCCAUUCUGGAACACACUUCUUUCGUUCAAUUUGAAGAUAGACGAUUAUGACACAGCAGAAGCGAGAGCAUUCGACGAGUCCUUGAAUGACUUCUUGCAAUCGCUUAUGUAUAAUACACAAACUACUGGGAAUUUCGCUGCUUUCAUCAAAGUCUUUCUUCGCCGUUCGACUGAAUUAAAGACGUCUGAACAAUAUGAAAAUAAAAUAUAUUUAUGGCAAACUGCAAAUGCCUUAAUUAUUCUGCGAUAUGUUUGUAAAUUCUUGACGCAGCGUAUGAAUGAGAGUGAAUUUGUCAAAGUAUUUGCAACUUCUGCUUCUCUUCCAUCUUCUUCCGCCAGCUCUUCUGAUGAUGAACCGGAAACAGUAGAAAAUGAGUCUGAUACUGAUGAAAUUUAUUGCAAUACAGCAGAGAAGCUGCUCGAUACCUUGAUUGUUAUCCUCGCAGAUCUUUCCGUGAAGUAAGU